CCCCUCCCCUCCUCCCUUGCCCCCCGCUCGUCCUAUUCCACGGCGCCCUGGUCUGUUUGCUUGCUCCGUUCAUCAUACUGCUGGUCCUGCUGUCGCCGCCCGCCUUGGACACACUGCUCCUCAGCUGCAGUCCUAAAAACCAUCUGCACGGAAGGGACCUCCUGUUACGUUCACCCCGAAGGUGAUCUGGCGCUCUAGCCCCUCCCCAUCUACUUCCCCCAAACCAGUCGGCUGCCUCGCUGCUGAUGAGCCACGCCCCCGCCGUGCCCGCCUCGUCGCCGCCAUUGCAACCGUCACCCCCACCACCACCCUCAGCAUCGUCGUCGUCAUCCGGCUCCCUGUCCUUGGUGCACCAUCAGCACCCCCCCGGGGCCCUCUUUCUCAAUCCCCAGUCCGCCGCCGCCACCCCCGCAGCCGCCGACGGUUCCGGCAUCCCGGACCCGCACAGCCUCCGUGCCAACUUCUGGCGGACUUCCCCCACCGGAAGCUUUCCCUCGCUUUUUCUCCAGCCCCCAGCCAACGCCCCAGCCGCCACACCAGCCGCCAGUGCCGCCGCCACCGCCGCCCUCACCAUGGGCGAGACACUUGAAGGUGCCCGGCGCGGGAUCUUCUUCGGCUUCCGGUCGCGGUCGUCCAGCACCGGGGCCACCUCGGCCGCCUUCCCCGGGACGGGCCCUGGCUCGCCGGCUCCCGGGGGCACGUCCGCUGCCCAGCCUCUGUCGCAGGUUCCCUACCGGUAUUCGGCCACCCCGGCUGCCGUGGCGGCCUCUGCCCUGCAUGAAGAUGUCAUUUUGGAGAGUCGCAUGGAUCCUCCCGCCUCCGGGGGCCUGGCUGCCUUCGGUGAUGCGGCCCCGGCGGUCGGUGGCAGCCGGCCUCGCUCACGCUCCGGGAUAUCUGUCCAUACGGCCACCUCGCCCACGCCGGAAUCCGAUGGCGGGUCGUCCUCGUCGCUGCCCUUUGGCGACUUGCUGACUGGUGUUGGCUUGUCGUCUGCCUCGACCACCGGUCCCCCGAGUAGCAAAUCCGUGCCGGCUUCGCCUCGUGGCACCCGCACCUUGCUCUUUUCUAGGAAGUCCACCUCUCCAGACAUGCCGCCCUGCGUUGAUGCGACUGGAGCCAUGGAUUCGAUGCAUGGCCGGUCCCGGCAAAGUCUCUCCAACCGCGUGACGGCCGAAAUGCUGUCCCAGUGGCUGCCAAUGGGCGAAGCCCCAGCACCCGGGGAUCUUGGCGACUCUGCCAGUCGACCGGCGUCUCAGCCACCGAGCCCCACGGUGUCACUGGUCGGCGGUGUGUCUCGAUCGGCCGCGACCACCCCCCCGGCUGAUGGGAUCCCCAAAAGCCGUCGAGAGAAGUUCCUGCACCUGCUGGAGCAGCCGACCGUCGAGUUGGCCAAAUUGCGUGAACUCAGCUGGAACGGAAUACCCAACGAUCUGCGUGCGACUGUGUGGCAGCUGUUGAUGGGCUACCUGCCAGUCAAUCGGGCCCGAAGGGAGGAGGCGCGCCAGCAGAAGCGCCGCGAAUACUUCGCCGCCGUGGCAGACUACUGGCAUGACGAUUCCUCCCUGCACGGGGACACCCCCUCCACCACUGACUCAGACUCCCUUCAUCAGAUCCGUCUGGACAUUCCUCGGACUGAUCCGAAUAUCCCUCUCUAUCAGCACCCGAUUAUCCAACGGAGCCUUGAGCGCUCGCUGUAUAUUUGGACCAUCCGCCACCCAGCUAGCGGCUACGUCCAGGGGAUCAAUGACUUGCUGAUGCCCUUCUUCAUGGUGUUCCUCUCGAGCUAUAUCGGCCAAAAUGCCCUUGAUUGUGACCCAGCUGAGGUGCCAGCCGAAAUCCUGGCCGCCACCGAGGCCGACAGUUUUUGGUGCCUCAGCCGCCUCCUGGAUGGCAACCAAGACAGUUAUACUCAUGGGCAGCCGGGUAUUCUCCGGCAGGUCAACCGCCUUGAGGAUUUGAUCAUCCGCCUUGAUGGCACCCUUCACCGGCACAUCAUCAACGAGGGCAUUGCCUUCAUCCAAUUUGCAUUCCGCUGGAUGAACUGCCUGCUGAUGCGUGAAAUGUGCCUCGGAAACACGAUCCGCAUGUGGGACACCUACAUUGCUGAGGGCAUCGACGCGUGUGUCACCUUCCACCUCUACGUGUGCGCGGCCUUUUUGAUGCGCUUCGAGCAGCAGAUCAAGUCCAUGGAUUUCCAGGGCAUCAUGCUUUUCAUUCAGAGCCCUCCGUCGGCCACCGAGUGGUCGCGGACCGACGUGGAGCUUCUGCUGGCCGAGGCCUUUGUGCUGAAAUCCCUCUUCCACAACUCCCCCAAGCACCUGGCCACGGGCGCCGCUGCUGGUGGCAACGCCUAGGCCCCUGGCGUGUGGCACGCGACGCGCAGCACUCCCGGCUGAAGAGAAGAAAAUACACGCAAACACCUUUGAUCUG